CGUGUUACCAUUAAGCUUGUAGAGAGAUCCAGGAAAUUAGGAAUAGCCAGCAGUGGGCUAAAACUAAAACAUAAGGAAAGAAAACUGGUGUCUGGCAUCUCCGACCCUCCCGAGCAACAACAGCAAGCGCUUGCACCAUCCAGAAGUUAACGCAAGCACUGCUAAGAGGAGAAAAAGAGAGAAAAAAGGUGAUUUGAAAGUGACAAAUGCGAGAUUAGUGCCAAGAAGAGAAAAAUUACGAGUAAGGAAGUUUAUAACAUAAGUCCUUAGAACAGGGAUUUGGACAGUUUUGUCAGCAAGCUUCUAUAGAGUGAGUUCCCACUGUGCGUUUCCCAGUGCGGCACUGGCUGAGUGUGUUGACGACGAACCUCGGCUGACGGCAGAGGAUUACGAUUUCCCAAGAGAGGCGGGAGAGUACGUUUUAUUCAUCCAUAAUGAAGAUGGUUUACUCAAGCAUGCUCGAGGGUCAUCUGUCUUGCAGUUAUUGAAAAAAAGUUGUAUUACAGUCUUGGCAAAAAGUCAGUGGCUGAAAUACAUAUGAAAAAUAACCUAGAUUAAUUGAAUCUGCUCAACGCAAUUUUUCCCACGAUGCAACGAAGCUUGAUCGACAUCCAAAUGAAAAGAGGAACAGGAAGUAGGAAAACAGCAGCGAAUAGAAACAGUGCUGAAGGUUGUAAGUGGCCCCUAUCUUGUAAAAGGAAACCCUUAUCUGCUGAUGGGAACGCCCCAGGGAUGAGAUAUCUUCAGGUACCGGCAAAGGCGAAACAGUUUUGGCUCACAGAGGCUUAAGAAGCAUGUAGCAAUCCUCUAUAAUGCAUUAUUCUUAUUAAUAAAUUAAUAAUCUAUCGAUCUGUGUGCAAAUGUCAUCAAUAAUGCCCAGCACAUUUACGUACGGAGUGCUGAAAGCACCUGAAAAUCUUUGAUGAAAAUCUUUUUCACUCAGAUUGCUGCUACUCUGGCAGUUCUCGUAUGAUUUGCAAAAAGAAAAAAAAAAGUCUUUCAUUUGGAAGCUGAUACUUUUUAUUCAAAGUUUGGAGUUUGAAAAUAGCCAAACGUUUGAUAAGAUGCAUAUAUGACGUCUGUGUUUGGGUUUAUAUUGUUAAGUGAGUGAAAUACAACAGGAAAAUUUUGUCGGACGACCAAAACGAAACCAAAGCGCCACUCCAGAAAAGUUCCCUCUAAUCUGUUAACUGUGACCUAAACGUUCCACCAAAAGUUCACCAAGACCCAAAUCCUAAAAUCUAAUGACUUUAAACGAUAGAAAAACUGACGAUUCAAGCGUAAAAUUAAUAUCUAUCAUUAUUUUUACUGUAUUUACCGAUAAAAUUCCAUUAAACUUUGUCUGUAUAACCACCAUCAUGACUACAGACUUCAGUGAAAAAACUGAGCAUCUUAGGUCAACCAGGAGAAAGUUAAUUGAUUGACUGAUGAUUGCUAAAACUGGCGUUACACAGGAGAAAAGUGGUGGUAAGUAGUGUGGAUCUGCGCCUUUUAUAUAACUAAGAUAAAGAUAUUACAGCAAGUAACAACCUCUGCGCUUAGUAUCUUUGAACAAAACGUUAUCUCGUCAGGAAAUGAUAAAGUAGAGCUUAAGAUAACCUCUUCUAGACGUCAGAGGUCUAAAGCUCCUUUAGUGUUGUUAGUGACGGUGCCAAGGUGGUAUAUUAUCAUAUAGUGUGCGUUUACGAACUUCGGAUUCAGAGUUAUUCUCAUAUUUAGGAAGGCUUUGACAGUCCAAAGCUACUCGAAAUGAGAGACUUUUAAAGCACAUGACUUAGUAGCUGACUGAGUGCUUAAUUUUCCUCAAUAACUUGAAAAUUCCGUUAAGACACUUUUGGCUGGCCGGUACGAAACCAUCUCUUCGAGAAUGUUGGGUGCUCCAUUGCUGAUGAGGUCUCUCAUCAGCAGAGGUGGAAAGCGCUCGCUGGCAUCUCACCAUGGCUUCUUCCCUCCGUGUCAGUCACCUUACCCAAAUUCCUGGAGGAAAAUGGACCUGAAACCUCGUGUGCCCCUUUACUCUCCAUUUACCUACAUUCACACGAGCAGUCCAAGGAAUCUUCACCCCGUCGUUACGCUCCUGGUGGUCAAGCCUCUUACUCGAGUGGCAGCCGCCGUUUCAGGCUGGUGGGUGAAGAGGUGGUGGAAAAGGCUCCCGAAUAAAGAUCGAAUAAAGAUAAAAGAACAUUUCCAGCGUCAUAAGCUGAGAUACGGAGGCGUCGUGCUGUUCCUGAUCGCCUCGGGCUAUGGUAUGUACGUGAACCACGUAACCGCAAACCCAUACACUGGAAGGAAGAGAUUCAUGAUCUAUAACCGCUCUCAGUUGGAAUUACUGGCUCAAGAAAGGUUCGACUCGCUUAUGGCUCAAGAAUUGGAGGGAAAAAGGGCGCUUGGAGCGUAUGAUGAAAUGUCUGCAGAGAUUCUGGGAGUUGUCGAUCGUCUUCUGAAGGCAAACUCAGACAUACGCGAAGUCCACAACAGAAAUUGGACGUUGAACGUUUUCGACGAUGAAGAAUUCUUCGUCGGUGUUUAUUCUAGUGGCCAGAUCGUCUGUACCACAGGUUCUUUCGAAGUUAUCCAAAAUGAGCAUCAGCUGGCGCACGUUCUGGCCCACGAGAUGAGUCACGUCAUUCUCGAGCAUCACGCAGAAUCAGCAAGCUACGGAUACCUUGUCUCAGGAUUAAUCACCUUACCAAUGGCACUGAUCUGUGCAGUCCUGCCCAGCGAAGUAGCGGCGGGUGUGACUGGCUGGGUCUUCAGCAAGAUAGUGGAUAUGGUGACCCUUCUCCCUCAUAGCAGAGAACAGGAAGCAGAAGCUGAUGCCUUUGGUCUGAAGUUGAUGGCCAAAGCUUGCUAUGACGUCAGGGAGUCGUCCGUAUUUUGGGGAAGCCUUUCGGUCAUAGACGAUUCCUUCUCGGGCAAAUGGUUUGACACACAUCCAUCUAGUUCCAACCGUCAAGCUCUCUUGGAUGGGCAGAUGUGUGAGGCAAUGAUGCUUCGCCUGAGUUGCAAGUGCCCCGAGUUGCCUGCGAGAGAUCCACGUCAUCGAGUGUGGCAGAUGCAGAGGAUGGCAGUCAAUCCUCCCUCUCAAAGUGAGGAGAAGGAAGACGUAGGUACAAAUUCUCUACCUGACAGUAAAGAAGGGACAACAGAAGGAUGUUUAUCAGAAAAUCAAGAAGAGGAAAUUGAAGAGAGGCCAGCCAAAGGCUGGAUAUCAGGACCAGCCUGGAAAAGCAGCAACGGAUGAAGGAGGAAGUAUCGUAUUUACUGAAGAAUGGACUGGCAACUAGAAGCACAUCA